AUGAAAGAGGAGACGGAGCGAUGGGCCAUUACGCAAUGUGAAAAGGACGAAGCAAAUGGCCAAUCGACCCCGGAGGAUGGGGAAGCCAGGGAGAAGCUAAAACCGGAGGAUGGGGAAGCCAGGGAGAAGCUAAAACCGGAGGAUGGGGAAGCCAGGGAGAAACUAAAACCGGAGGAUGGGGAAGCCAAGGAGAAACUAAAACCGGAGGAUGGGGAAGCCAGGGAGAAACUAAAACCGGAGGAUGGGGAAGCCAGGGAGAAGCUAAAACCGGAGGAUGGGGAAGCCAGGGAGAAGCUAAAACCGGAGGAUGGGGAAGCCAGGGAGAAGCUAAAACCGGAGGAUGGGGAAGCCAGGGAGAAGCUAAAACCGGAGGAUGGGGAAGCCAGGGAGAAACUAAAACCGGCGGAUGGGGAAGCCAUGGAGAAACUAAAAAUCCAGAAUCGCAGCUUUUUCAACUGA